GUUCUUCGUUCAUUGAAUUUGCGACCAUGUGGAAGCGUUGUUUUGUAUGUCUUACAAGAUUAGUCUUUCAGUGAAAAAGUUAAGUUGUAGUUUGUGCAUUUAAACUGAGUAAAAUAAUUGUUUUAUAGUGAAUGAAAUUUACGCAGCAGAAGACAGAAUAUUCAAUAAGAUGACACAGAUGUUUUUACUGUUUGAACAUGCCUCGGGCUACUCUCUGUUUCGUGUUAAAGAAUUUGAAGAAGUUACCAUGCUUCAGCCUCAGGUAGAGCAAAAUAUGCUAGAUGUGUCCAAGUUCAAGACUAUUGUACAACUUGUUGCAUUUUCUCCAUUUAAGAAUGCAGCAAAUGCACUGGAUAACAUUAACAGUAUUUCAGAAGGUUUGAUGCAUGAGGAUCUUCAGCUGUUCUUGGAAACAAAUGUUCCAAAAGGAAAGAAAAAGGAGAAAGUGAUACUUGGAGUUGGAGAUGUUAAAAUAAGUGCAGCCAUUCAGGAGACAUUAGGCAUUUCCUGCCAAUAUUCUGGAGUGGUGCCUGAAAUACUGAGAGGUAUUCGACUUCAUUUUCACAACCUGAUAAAAGGUUUGACCCAGCAAUCUGCAUCCACUGCUCAGCUAGGCUUAGGACAUAGUUACUCUCGAGCUAAGGUUAAGUUUAAUGUCAAUAGAUCAGACAAUAUGAUUAUCCAGUCUAUCAGUUUAUUAGACCAACUAGACAAAGAUAUCAACACAUUUGCUAUGAGAGUCAGGGAAUGGUACUCAUACCACUUUCCAGAACUUUAUAAGAUUGUGCCAGACAACUACAUGUAUGCUCGUAUUAUUAAAUUCAUCAAGAACAGAAAAGACCUAAAUGAGGAGCACUUUGAGCCUUUGGAAGAAAUUGUCAUGGAUAGUACAAAGACUCAAGCUAUAAUAGAUGCUGCAAGGUCAUCAAUGGGAAUGGAUAUCUCUCCGUUAGACCUGAUAAACAUUGAAACCUUUGCUUCUAGAGUAAUUGCUUUGGCAGAAUAUCGAAAGCAGUUGAUGGAGUACCUCAAAUCAAAGAUGAGUAAUACAGCUCCUAAUCUAGCAGCAUUGAUAGGAGAGAGUGUUGGAGCUCGCCUGAUAUCUCAUGCUGGAAGCUUAACUAAUCUUGCUAAAUAUCCAGCUUCAACUGUUCAGAUUCUGGGUGCAGAGAAAGCACUGUUUAGAGCUCUGAAGAGUAGAGGGAAUACCCCAAAAUAUGGCCUUAUUUUUCAUUCUACAUAUAUUGGUCGAGCUGGGACAAAAAAUAAAGGUCGAAUUUCACGUUAUCUGGCCAACAAGUGUUCCAUUGCAUCAAGACUUGACUGUUUCAGUGAAAUUCCUUCUGACAUCUUUGGGAACAAGCUCAAGGAACAAGUGGAGGAAAGGUUAAAGUUUUAUGAGACUGGAGAAUUACCUCGUAAAAAUGUUGAUGUAAUGAAGAAUGCACUAGAAGAGGUUUCUGCUCAUCAAGAAGCAGUUUUGAAAAAACAAAAAAAGAAAGAGAAAAAGAAAAGAAAACGUGAGCUUGAGCAGAGUGCAACAGAGCAGUCAUCUUUCAUGGAUACAACUCAAGAGGAAAGCAUUAAUAUUUCAAAGAAAGAAAAGAAAAAGAAGAAAAAACACCUACAAGAUGACCAGUCUUCAUUUUUGGAGAGCACAGUGGAAUAUGGAGUAUUGGACCAGUCCAACUCACUAGCUAAUGGCGAAGUAGAGGCAGACACCUUAGAGCCUUCUCCUAAGAAGAAGAAGAAAAAGAAAAAGAAGGAAUUACAGGAGUGAAUGAGGUUUUUAAGUUGAAACUGUAGGCUGAAUAAUGUUUUAUAAUAAAGGUACAAUAAAAAAAAUUCAUAUUGUUUCAGUAAAUAUUAAUCUAUGUACUGAAAAUAGCAAAACAAAAACUAUUGUUUAUAUUUGAAGUUAUGUAUGUUUUCCAGAAUUGGUUUUAUAAGCCCAGGAAAGUUUGAUUGGAGUGAAACUCUGGUUUUGAAGUGUAAAACACAUUCUGCAUAGAAUAUGUUAAAGCCAGUAAAGCAUUGGACCUCAGCUUACAGACAUUAAUAAAAAUUGAUAUUGCAUUAAA